AGGUCGGGAUAUGAGGCGGGUGGAGGAGGCCAGCAGCACAGUUGAUGGAGUCAGUUGACUACAGUAAUUACUCACAGUACGGUGCUGCUCAACUGUCACCUGACACUUGAGUGUCACCUGAGCUUGAGAGGUGCUGCGAGUGGUUAUUGUAUAGGCAGGCGAGAGUUGAGGACGGCCAGCAGGAGCCUUGGACGCCGGGCUCUGAUGCCAGCAGUGAGGUGGAGCAAGGGUCAGUUUAGGGAGGGUGGUGGACGGACAUCAUGGAGCACCACGGUGGGGGGGAGGACGACCCUCUCAACCCAAACAGCACAAUUACGGAGCGCCUGGCUGUUAGCGCCCGCCCCGUCAACCUGCCCCCCGCGCCCGGCCUCUGGGGUGAGACUGAACCCUUGAACCCUCACCGGACGACGGUUAUGGAGGCACCGACGAAGUUGUGGCCCGCAGGAGGGCAGAACCCGCCAUACCCGGAGGGUACGGGGGCAUGGGGCCUCAAUGCCCUCCUGGUGCCCUUCAACUUGGCAAGGUCAAUAGCUGGCGAGGUGACCUCCUCGCUGGGCUCUCUGGUCUCAGCCUACUACCAGGCGGCCGACGACACGGUCACUAUCGGAUAUAACGUGUCUGGCAACGACACGCUGACGAGCAUCGCCGCCAGGUUCGACACGACACCGUCGGAGCUGGCCAAGCUCAACAAGCUGUCGACCAGGUUCGUGUACCCCGGCCAGGUCAUCGUCGUGCCCGACAAAACUGGAGCUCUUCUGGACGACGACAAGGGCCACCCUCCUCACCCCGACACCACGCACAGCAAUGGACAAGACCUACUGGCACAGAUGCGACCUCCUUCACCACUGCGAGGCGACCUCAAGACCCCAGUAUCACUCUAUACGUGUCCUCGGACACCAGCCAAUUCUGUAGAACUUGAGAAAUCUUUGGACCGUGAAUGCCUUGAGAAGUUUUUGAAAAUAAGUGUCCGUCAUAUUACAGAUGGACAGGGAGUCGUGGCAGGUGUGCUGUUGGUGACUCCGAAUGCAGUGAUGUUUGAUCCUAACGUAUCAGACCCUCUGGUUAUUGAACACGGCCCCGAGAGUUAUGGCGUUAUUGCUCCCAUGGAGUUUGUUGUGAAUGCGGCACUCUAUUAUGACAUUGCCCAUAUGCGAGUCAAGGAUACCAGUUUACCCAAGCCUGAAAUUCCAAAGCCAGAGAUCUACUGGGGUCCAAACCACAUGGAACAAACAGGGAGUCAAGAGUCACCUGGAAAGGAUGCAUCACUCAGUAAAGACGCAACUUUUCCUGAAUUAGCAGCUUCCCAAGAUGAUAAUGAUUCAUCUUGCUCAUGUGGGGGAGACACACGUGAAAGUUCAGCCUUUCCAAAAGCCUUUGAGCAUGAACUUCUUACACCUAUUGGCUCAGAUGUAUCUCCUGCUAGUGGUGACGGUCAGCCUUCAUCCGGACAACCUUCCCCUAGUGGCCACCAGCAACAGACACUACCCGUUGCUGGAGACCUCACACCAAUAGCAGAGGCGAGUCGUCUAGAGGACUCCCAGGCCAUGCCCCCUAACGUUGCUCAAACACAGUGUAAUAAUAAUACAGCUGCUCAGGACCUUGCUCAAACUGAUUGGACCUCUGCGGCCCAUCAAAUGGAAGAGGAUUCCACUUGCAACGAUAAGAAGAGGACCACCUCCGUAACUUUUGACAUAACAGGGGAAGAAGAGGCCAUGCCAGACCUUGGAAGUGAAGCCAGUCUGCAAGAGUCAAGGAAGCAAAAGGUUCUGAAACGCCUAUCUUAUCCACUGUCAUGGAUGGAAAGCUUUAAUGCAGACAAGGAGAGCAUUGCCCAGCAUCAAGGUGUUCACCCAACCUCUGCACCACCUGUUAGUGGAGUCGGAAUGAAUAUUGCCACAGAAGGACCCGAUGGAAACAGAGCAGGAAUGUUUUCCAAUGUAUUCAGUAUGUCCAAUGUCUCCAACAUGCUAUCAAGCUCGCCCAAAUACCUGGUUGACUUCAGUAGUGGGCUUUUCGCUCGCUCUCCUUCUGAUUCCACGAGCUCUGUGCGGGAUGUUACGGAGCUGGGUACCCCCCCGGGCUCCCUUGAGGGAUACCGUGUAGCGCACUCUGUUUUUUACCGCAAACAGUCCAGCUUGGGUAGUGACAAGGAAGAGAGAAAAGGCGUACCUAUAUUCCACCCAGGGCGGCCAUCAAUGGACUUUGCACGGCGACCAUUAAAUCAACAACCUUUGUCUAUCUCAACCCAACAAAUUGUACCUCAGACAGCAGCUAUGCCAGCAAGUGGUAUUGUCCAGCAACCACUACUUCAGCCGCAGCCACUGCUUCACCCACAGCCACAGCCACAGCCACAACAACAGCAACAGCAGACAGUUCUCAGCAGUGGGAGCUUGACCCCAACAAGUAACCAACCAGCCCAUAAGAGAGCGCAAUAUAAAGAGGGCACUAGAUUUGGCCUCAAGAGUAUGGUCAGUAUGGAUGAUAUGCCAGAGCUCUUCGCAUCCUUUGACAUUCUAGCUCCACACUUCCCAUCCCUACACGAGUUGGAUUUAGGCAUCAAGGAGGACACUAUGAAAGAACUGAUUCCCAAGCCAGCCACAUCUUGUGAGGACCCACCGCUCUAUUUAUGUCUUCGAAUGGGAAAACCAGCUUGUAAAAGAAUUCCAAAAUCUACUCCUGUCAUGUCUUAUGGGAAAAAGAGGAUGAGACCAGAGUACUGGUUCAGUAUCCCCAAGAACAGAUCCGAUGAGCUGUUCCACUUCUUCCAGUUAUGGGCCCACGAUAUUUAUGGAGAGCUUAAUGAAGACGAAGUGUCAGCACGAGGCUUUGUUCUGGUAGAGGAUGACACUGAGCUUUGGGCUGACCAGGAAAAUGAAGCGGGGGAGAAUGAAGACAGUUUAGGAGAGUUGACAGAAAUGACUAAAGAAUCAUGGGAGAAAAUAAAAGCCCCUUAUGUUAAGCUCUAUUCAUUGAUGAAGAGUCAGAUGACGAUCUCCACGGAAUCGGAAAACCCAGAGGUGGUAUCUAUGAGCGACGAGCUGCGAAGAGCACUGUACUCUUCAGCAUCCCUCACCAGCCUGGAUCUCGAGGCCUUCUUACCGGAAAUUUGUGGCGUUUCAGAAAUCAUCACCGACGCUGUUAGAAAGAACAUGUACAAGAAGUUGCCAGCUCGUGCUCAAGGUUACUCGUGGAAGUUGGUGUUCAGCACAGCCCAGCACGGCUUCAGUCUCAACUCCCUUUAUCGUAAGAUGAAUGAGAUUGACACACCCAUCAUGCUCUUCAUUCAAGAUACUCAUCAAAAUAUUUUUGGUGCAGUUGUGUCUUGCUCACUGCGUGUGAGUGAACUAUACUAUGGCACGGGAGAGUCCUUCCUCUUUUCGUUCCACCCAGAGUUCCAGGUGUUUCCGUGGACGGGGGAGAACACAUUCUUCGUCAAAGGCAACAACGAAUCUCUUGUUGUAGGAGGUGGAGAUGGUAACUUUGGCUUGUGGUUGGAUGGAGAUCUGUACCAAGGACGGACACAGCCUUGCAAGACGUACAACAACCCGCAGCUCACCGACUCGGAAGACUUCAUUAUCAAGGCUGUCGAAUGCUGGUGCUUUGAGUGAGGUUCAAGCACCGUUACGCAAUGGUUUAAACUGACGCGAUUCCAGUGCCCAGUUGCCUUGAGUGGCAGUUUGCAGCAGCAAGAGCUGUGGACUUGGCUGUGUGGCACCAGUAACCCGCAGUGCGGUUGGAGUUCGUGCUGAGGAUCAUUGGCUGCUGACCUGGAAACUGCUAAUUACCCAUGUUUGUGGAGAGAAAAUGGAAGGGUUUUAUCAAUGUUGUUUAAAGAUGUAUAUUUUGUUCCUUAUCCUAAACAUAGUUUUGAACCCUUUUAGAAAGUGGGUCCCUUGUGAUAUACUUAUUUUUCUUGUUUAUUAGUUGGUACUUUAUACACCAUUCUACUUUUAAUUCAUUUUAUUGAUAAAAAAAUGCUUGAAAUUAAACAUAUAUGAAUUUAAUUCUUUUUUUUUAAAGGGUUAUAUUCUGUAGACUGAAGGUUGCCGGCCUCACACUUCAUCUUUCUUUAUUUUCCCAGGAAAUAUAUUUUUAUUGUGCGACUUGUUGACAUGUUUCAUUUCUGAAUCUCUUUAUUUUGCUAAUACAAGGUCAAAAUUUUGUUAAAGGUGUGGGGGACUGCCGGAUAAAGGGAGGGGGUUGAACUGUCGGAUAAGGGGAGGGGGGGGAUACUGUCGGAUAAGGGGAGGGGGUUGAACUGUCGGAUAAGGGGAGGGGGUUGAACUGUCGGAUAAGGGAAGGGGGGUUGAACUGUCGGAUAAAGGGAGGGGGUUGAACUGUCGGAUAAGGGGAGGGGGGGUUGAACUGUCGGAUAAGGGAAGGGGGGGGAUACUGUCGGAUAAGGGGAGGGAGGAACGGUUUGGGAUAAGGGAAGGGGGGCAAGGAACUGUUUGAUAAAGGAUAGAGAGACUUUUCAAUAAAGAAAAUAGAUAAAAUAAGUCUAAAUAGAUUUAGACUUGGAUAAAGAAGGGGGGGAGGGGAACUGUUGAAUAAAGAAUGGGGGGAUGUAUAAUGAAGGAAGGGGAUACUGUUGAAUAAAGGCGGGUGAAAUUGUUGAAUAAAGGAGGGUGAAAUUGUUGAAUAAAGGGGGGGGGGUUAUGAGACUCGUGGAUAAGGAAGGGGAACUGUUACAUAAUGCACUUGUUAGCCCAAAUAAUGUAAUGCGCACUUAAGUUAAUAAAGUAAAGGCCUUUCUGUAAAGUAUUAUUAACUAGUUAAAAAAAAUAACUAUGCUUCUGAGCUUUUAGUGAAAUGUUAUUUAUUGUGUAUCAUUGUUUACGUGCAAGAUGCGAACGUUCCCAAAGAAAUGGGAAGAAGCCAAGUUCUCGAGAACACUCGUCAGUUGGUGUAAAUCGGCGGUACUUUGUUCUUAUUACGUUGCGUUGUAUAUAUUCUGGAUGAUUUCAUUACUUGGGACCUGACAUAAGAAGGCUGGAAGUGUUCCACUCCAGAGAGCAUUCAUGAAGAUGUUCUCCAACCCUGAACAUCUACCAGGGAGUUCGUUGAUGCCAAUGCUUCGCGUAUGCGAUGUUUUCAACCCGGAACCUUCACCAGGGUGUUGUUGAUGGUGAUGCUUCGCUCAUGUGGUGUUCUUAGCUAAUUUAAGCCUUAGAUAGUGCUUUAAAAAGGCAAUUGUUAGAAAUUUGAGCCUUAUAGACAUCCCAUGUUGAAGACUUAAUGUCAGGAGUCCUUGGAUUAUAACUGUUCUGUGGUUAUGAUAGUAACAGAAUAGUAUUAUGUGCGACAUUGGACUAGUUUGCAGCUGGUAUACGGUAGUUGGACUGUGUUCAAAAUGGGUAAAUGCUUAGUUUGUUGCUCAAUGAAUGCACCCCUGCAGGCAACAUUUAACAUGCUCGAGUACCAUUUAAUCAACAUGAAAUGAAUGCUAUUAUUAAUAUUAAUUCAACAUAACAUUACUCUCUUUUGCCCAGAUUUUUCUAUGUUACUCCUCAGCAACCAAGUGUAGAUGUGGACUGUAUUAAUGUAUUACACAGAAUGGAAUAGCUUGGAAAGCUGUACAUUAGAGCCACACAUCAAUGCAGUUCUAAAUGUUGAAUUUGUUACAAGAGUUGUGAAAUGGAAGAGUCAAAAUACUAAGCAUUUUACCAUUGUGGAGGCAGGUGUAGCUGUGUCACCAUCGGGUAGUUAGGUGUAAUUUGUGACGUGCGAACUGUGCCACCCAAACCCGUGGUGAUGCGGUAGCUAUGGAGCGAGCUUUGUGUUCAUCUAUGAUAGUACAGAAUAUGCCUGGAGGUGGGGAUGUUGACCACUGUGCUCUGACAGUAUCUCCCUUUAAGUUUGGUACUCUUCGUUUAAUAUUAAUACACAAAAUAAUUGACCACUAUAGACCAUGAUAUGAAAUAUCUAAUAAAUAAUAUUUGCAGCCUAUGUGCUGUUAUUAAAUGAUUAUGGUAAAAGUCAGCCAUAGCAUUUGAUAUCACAUAUUAUGUAGCUUAAUAUGUUAAUGGGAAGUACGAGUUAUCAUUUUGGGUCUGUUAGUUAGUUUUUGCAAAGAACACGGGGUAAAUCCAUACUCACACGCUGGAAAACUUAAUUUCCAUUAGCUCUACAUCUAGGAAGGUGUGUUAUUGUUGGAUGUGCUAAGCAUGUGUUUCCUCGUAUGUAUUGUUGAUGAAGUAACCUUUGGCAGUUCCAUCCCUAUUGAGUGGGGUAACUAUAAAAAUCGUUGACCUUGCAGCGAAUAAUUCGGAAUAGCAUUGUUGAAAGAAACCAGCCCACACUUGUGUAAUAAGUGACAACAUUUCGGUCUGUCUUAAACCCUUAUAAACCCUUAAACCUGUCAUGGAAUGAGAUGAUAAAUGUCCAAAAUGGACUGAAACAUCAUUCACUUUCAUUUUAUUUGAUGCAUGCACAUAGGUUUAUUCAUUAUCCUUUACCUUGUACCUCAUGUAUCAACGAAGCUUGUCAUAUGGGGUAACAUAUUACUGUACAGCUGAUGACCAAAAUGGUCACACUUUGGAAAGUGAUGGACGACACUGGAUACAAACACCUGAUUCUUGCGUGACGACUAAAUAUAAACCCCUGAUUCUUGCGUGACGACUAAAUAUAAACCCCUGAUUCAUACGUGACGACUAAAUAUAAACCCGAUUCAUACGUGACGACUAAAUAUAAACACUUGAUUCUUGCGUGUCUACUAAAUACAAACACUUGAUUCUUGCGUGACGACUAAAUACAAACACCUGAUUCUUGCGUGACGACUAAAUACAAACACUUGAUUCUUGCGUGACGACUAAAUACAAACACUUGAUUCUUGCGUGACGACUAAAUACAAACACUUGAUUCUUGCGUGACGACUAAAUACAAACACUUGAUUCUUGCGUGACGACUAAAUACAAACACUUGAUUCUUGCGUGACGACUAAAUACAAACACUUGAUUCUUGCGUGACGACUAAAUACAAACACUUGAUUCUUGCGUGACGACUAAAUACAAACACUUGAUUCUUGCGUGACGACUAAAUACAAACACUUGAUUCUUGCGUGACGACUAAAUACAAACACUUGAUUCUUGCGUGACGACUAAAUACAAACACUUGAUUCUUGCGUGACGACUAAAUACAAACACUUGAUUCUUGCGUGACGACUAAAUACAAACACUUGAUUCUUGCGUGACGACUAAAUACAAACACUUGAUUCUUGCGUGACGACUAAAUACAAACACUUGAUUCUUGCGUGACGACUAAAUACAAGCACUUGAUUCUUGCGUGACGACUAAAUACAAGCACUUGAUUCUUGCACAAUGACUAUACACAAAAUAGAUCUCUGCUUGAAUGGAGUUCUGUCCUAGAUAUUGUCAUAGUGAUACAUUCAGUAAAUUACUCGUAACCCUGGUUUUCACUUGCUCAGUUAUACCAUUAAGUGAUUGAAUUGUAAAUUAACUAAAUUCAGGUUAUUCAAAAGUUUCUAGAGUAUUGCGGUUCCCUUUAAUAGUUUGCUAAUUGAAGCUCAAGAUGUGGGCUAAUUUGAAAAUAAAGCUAUUUUUGUAAUGCAUUCCAAAGUAAUUUUUUAAGAUAUAAUUUCACCAAUACCAAAUUACACUAGAGGGAACAGAAUAGUAAACUCGUGCUUUAGUGUUUAACGGAUAGUUUUGUUAUGGUGCACGAUGCAGCAGCCUGUGGUGUAGCAGUUACACGUCCUCACCUGCACACCUUGCAAGCAACAACAUCCAGAUUGAGACCCUGGAUCAGGUGGGAUUAUUGAUCACCAUACCUUCACUAUUUGCACCUGUGUACCCAGCAGUAAUUGGGGGACUGGACUGUAAAAUAAAUUGGUUUCUGGUGAUAUCACAGCACUUGAUACUCUAAUAGGCUCCUGUACUUGACUUAAUGCUUAAAUACCACACUGCAUUUCGAGCAUAAUUUCUAAAUCUACUCGGUUACUGUAAAUGUGAUUUGUAGAAUACAUUAAUGAGCAAGACGAUUACUAUAUUUGCCAUGUAUACAUGCACACCUAUUUUACAAGGGUUUAUGAAUUUUUAACGUUUCAUUGUACAUUUAUUGAAAGCGAUGUUUAAAUGGUUUUGUUGGAAAAAAACAUGAUUUUAUGAAUGUAAAUAAAACAUAAAUUUGGCGAUAGACAAGAAAAACAUGCAUCAUAUGUGCUGCAAAAUGCGAUACAUUAUGGUUUAUAAAGUUGGUGUGGAAUUAUCUUCUCUUUCACUCGUAAUUUUUUUUAUGCAGACACCACCAAAAUCAGGAUUAUAUCAUUCCAGACCCAAUGCAGAUUUGUGUGAAAUCCAGCUGUCCGAGAAUUUGCAGUGUGCCUAUUUACCACCAAAUUUCUUAGAUUCAUCUUGAUACAAUACAUGUUUAUGCAUAUUUAGACACAGAUAAUAUAUAGAAAAUGAUAAUAGUGGGGGUAUAAAUACUAUUUUCAAUAUACUGUACUGAAACUACGCAGGUAUUGUUCCGAGGGAUCACUGAAGGCGAGAAGAGGGAAAGUCCUCCGUUUGCUGACGGUGCAAAUAAUGAAUGAUGAGAAACUUGGCUUAUAUUAAGCUAAUUAAGAAAUGCACAUAUAAACAUUUGUAGAAAUAUAUUUUGCAGGUUGCUGUAAUAGUACGUACUCACCUAGUAUGUGUUCUACUAGGAGUGCCCACAGUAAACGUUAUGUACACACACACCGGGAAGACGGGACACCACGAGCGUAGCUCUCAUCCUGUAACUACACUUAGGUAAUUACACACAGACACACACACAGAGACUUGGAAUGCUCCCAGUCUGCCAUUAUUAUCCAGCUUACUGUUAAAUCACGACCAAGAAUUUCAAUAUCACUACAGUAUUUUCAAUCUCUUAUUUUUCAUCAUCAUAAAUGAACAAUGCUAUUAUACCCAGUAUCAUGAUAAAUAUCUAUCUCAAUCAGUAGUCAAUAGACAUGAACCAAUUUAGUUACCUUUAAUGACAAAAUAAUGUACGAUAAAACAUAGUGGGCAGAGCAGUCUGUUCAUGACUAAAUGGUCGUGAAUUUGAUUUCGGCACGAGAUGUUUGGGCAUAUUACCUUACAUCUAAUACCUCUGUUCACCUAGUAAACAGAUUCUUGUGAGUUGGUAGCUGUUGUGUGUUGCAUUUCAGUGAAAGUUACUGAAAGUUACAUUUCAGAAAGUUCAGUGUUAGCUUAUGGGGACAUACAUACGCCUAGGUCUUCAGUCCUCGACAACGAAUAGCAAUAUCAUUGUACAGUUGCCAGCUCAACUCUUCAUCAUUACCUCAUGCUACAACCAGUGGCAUCAUAGCAAGAGCAGUACAUUGACACACCAUAAAAACACAUUUUACUUGCCCAAAAAUCACCCAAUCACUUGCACUGGACCUGCCUUGCGAUGAUUUGGGGGCUCAACGUCCCUGCGGCACAGUCCUCAACCAGGCCUCCUGGUGGACAGAAGAGUGAUGAUCUCCCUUCAUGCUGGUCGGCAUUCAAUCCCCGACCAUUCAAGUGAUUAGGCACCAUUCCUUUCCCCAUCCCAUCCCAAAUCCUUAUCCUGAUACCUUCCAAGUGCUAUAUAUAUACAGUAGUUGUAAUAGCUUGGCGCUUUUUCCUGAUUGUUCCCUUCUCUUACCCAAAAACGUUUUUGUGCUCAGUAUGUUCAUGCAUCUACCAUCACACAAGUAUUUUCAUAGCCUUCUACUUGCCUAAUAAAAUAUUGCAGGGUACCAUAUUUCAUAGAAAUGCUAAAUGCAUUUACACGUGAGUUCAUGAAAUCUGAAACUUUUCCAAUAAUUAACACAGUUGGGUCACAACCAAAUUGGUACAGGGUUCGAAUUUCAGGCAGUUCAAGAUGUUAGGACAAGGUUUCCUUACACCAGGUGCCUCUUUUCAAUUAGUGGUAAAUAGGUAUCCAAGAGUUAGGCGACUUGUGAGUUGCAUUCUGAAGUGGUCAGUUGUUGGCUUAACACGCAUCAUCCCCAAUAAUGAACUAUUUUGAUGAUCUGGAUCUUUAAAGAGAAAUGUUACCCCAACUCGUGUUUAACCCCUGCACUCUGCAUCUGUUUCAUGUGACAAAGUCAUGGUGUAGUUGUUAAUGAAUUAUUAACAUUAACUGAAACUUUACAAAAACGAGAAAAUGUCAAAAUAUUGCCAAACUCUACAAUUUUUAUUUCAAAUUAGUGAAAAAAACAUUAAAACAUUGCUAAAUUACAAAAUAUGUGCACUACCUGUCAAGCGGCUUAAGACGUGAUAUGCAGAGGUUAAAAGAAAUGUUUAAAAUAGUGUGAUAAUGGGCUUUUUAUAUUAUACAGCCUGUAAAUAAUUUGAACAGGGUAACAAUUUCAUAUUUUCAACAUAACUGGCACGGGCAAUGGCUUCACACUUGUCAAGCAACAACGUAAGGUCACCUGGAACCACCUACCCACUGAAGCUAUAAUGUCAAGAUCAUAAAUACUGUUCAAAAUUGUGCCGGAAAAAAUCAAGAACAUUGAGAGGACCAUUAACAAGCCACCAGUUUCCUGUACUUCUUGAGGCACUAGAGAUGAUGACCCUCGGGUAAAUUCAGGUAAAUUUGCAAUUUAAAGCUCAUGUUUCAUGCACUUCCACCCCCUAUAUUUUGUUUGAUUUCCCAUUCUCUGUGACUGGAAGCUUGUUAUACUCCCGUCUCCUCCCUAGCAAGGUGGGUCAUGGUCACCCAACCAGUUAUUAACUUAAUGCAAUUGUCUUUAACCUAAAUUUGUUUUGUAUUAAUUAAUGUGAAAGUAAAAAAAAAAAAAAACUUGUCUUUUAGAUAUUGUUUGGAAAUUAUUUUAUUUGGGCCGCAUAUUAAAUUAUAGUAAUGUACUUAGCCAGCAAACACAAUGUAAUUUUUGUUAACGUACUUUGUAAUAUUAUUUACGUCGAGUGCUCUUUUGAUAAAACAAACCCAUCAUUAAGGAAAAUAUUACUCUUACAUAGCUCAAAAAAGGUUGCAGGACUUUUCAGUGCAUAAAAGUUUUCUAGAAAAAUGCAAUUAGUAUUGCAGGCAUUCCUUUUGAAUUUUGUCAUUACAGCAUUUUCAAAACAAGGUUUGCACGUUUAAGGUGUAUUAACGUGUGGUCAUUUGUAUUAGUGAAGUAAUAACAGUGACGCACAGUAGCUAAUGGGAAACAUUUAAGUAUGAAGCAUUUAACUAACCAGCAUGACCAGAUUUCAUAGUAAAAACUGAUUAUAAAGUUAACCUCUCUUAUUGUGCAUAAGUGGCUUGUGCAUCAGGUGGACAUGUCAGUGGCAUGUGUCAGUGCCAUGUGUCAGCUGUACAUGUCAGUGUCAAUGGCAUGCGUGUCAGCAGUGUGCCGAACUAAAUAGUAAUUAUUUUUAGCAUUUUCCCCUCUUUACGAAAAUGAUCUGUUGAGCUCAGUUAUUCUGUAAACUUUGUAAAGGGUAGCAAAGGCAAUCUUUGAGAAAACGAAAGUUAGACGUCUGCCGGGUAUAGUUAAUUUAUGGCAUGGGUGUUCAAGUUUGUGUGUGCUGCAUUGUUGAAACUUUUUUGUAGUAGUACUGUAUUGUGCUUCCUCUGAAACAUUUGGUUGUUUAUUUGAUUCAGUCAUACAUAUUGUGUGCUUACAGAGACUGCUGCUUCCACAUUCAGGUUAUAGGUGUUUGUAAUUUGGAGUAUGGAGACUACCUGAAAUAUAUCAAAUGUUAUGGAAUGGGAUGUUUAUUUUGUUCUGCCAAAGCAGUUUUUGAUGCCUAUAAGUUUAAUAUAGCCAGACUUAACUUUAUUCCAUUUUUUGUUCACAGUUUGUUUGAUUCUGAAUGUUUAUUGAUGGUUUCUCUGGAGUUCUUGUUGCUUUUGGCUCAUAUGUGCUUGUUGAGUACUUAUGAUAAUGUGACAUGAUAUAAAUAUGUAUAUGGAUAAUAGAGACAUAUUGACCUAGAUAAAAAACUGUUAGAUAUUGAUAUACAAAGUUUAGAAUAAUAAAUGUUCUAUUUUGGUAGAUUCAUUGUUCUUGUGAAUAUACCAUGUAAUUAGUAUAUUGUGUUAUAGUUUGUGUAAGCAGGAUAUAUUGCAACACAUGUAAGGCAACACACAGCCAAAUUUGUGCUAGAUAGUGUAUCGGUAAAGUUGUUCUCCUAUCCCAGUACGGUGUAUUGUGCCACAACCCGUUUUCACAAUUUGAUCAAGUGUGAAAUUUGAAGCAGUUUUUGCCUGACCAGAAGUGUUUGAAUCUGAGAGACCUCCCAAACUUGUUGUUGCUCAUGCCCAUUAGUCAGAUACAGCAUCACUAUUACAGUGCUGUUAAUUUCAAUUAGGUACUGUGGUUUUGAUGUAGACAGGGUCAAAAUUGCUGUACAUUUACGAGUGAGGACAGGUUGUGUGGUGAUUAGUUCAAUGUGUUCAGCGACAAUUUUAUAGAUUUCCAUAAUGAAAGUUUGAUAUUGUUUGCGUUUGGAAGGAGUCUUUAUUGAUGCACAUCUUGCAGUGCCACAUCACAAGUGCCGCAUUAUGGUUUUGAAAUCAUUUUGUACAUGAUCAAAAUCAAAUGAAGUGUGGCUCUUUGUAUAGACAUAGACUGUAGAAACUGCUUACAGUGUUGUGAUGUCAAUAAAACUAUAUUAGUUUUAA